CAGACAUUUUCAGUGGCCGAAACCGUGCUUGCGAACUUCGACUGUUGAUCUAACCUGAAGGUAAACGGGAAGGGAAGCGCCCAAGCUACCCGGAGAAGUGGUGCUCUAUUUUCGAUUCGGAUCGAUCAGCGAAACGCCAAACCCCCUCCAACAAAUUGCUUGCGUAAUGGCAAGCUCAAGAGCAGUGCGGCCGUCGCUGGCAGCCAUCCUCCUGCCUUCUUCCCGACCGACGUCUUCUUCAACAGCCGCAGCCGCGCUCUUACUGCCUCGGAAAACUCAGCAAAAUGGCAAUCAAGUGUCUCGCUUCUCCACCUCCCCCACCCUCCUGAAGCGUCACACGUACGCGGGCGCCCGGAAAACGCGCGACAACAACAAGCACAGGGGCGAAUCGACCAUCCGCCGUACUGGCCCUCGCUGGCGCCUGUCAGUUUCAGACGAGCCUCUUCCCCGUCCCGUGGCGCCCAAGGACUUGCCCCAGGUCGAAACAGACCCGAACCAUGGCCUGUGGGACUUCUUCUACGACAAGACCACCACCGUGAAUCCCCCAACCCAGGACUCGCAGCAUGGGAGACCGUGGUCUGUAGAGGAGCUGCGGCAUAAGUCCUGGGACGACCUGCACAAGUUGUGGUGGGUGUGCGUCAAGGAGAGAAACAGGAUUGCUACCUCUUCGUACGAGAGGGAGAAGCUCAGCCUUGGGUUCGGAGCCGCAGAGGCCCAGAAGAGGGACGCAAUGGUGCGAAUGACCAUGCGAGCCAUCAAGCACACGUUGACGGAGCGGUUCUAUGUUUGGGAAGACGCGGUGAAGCUGGCGGAGGAGGACCCGGAGGUCGAUCUCUCUGGGAACGGCAACGCUUAUACGCCGAUGGAGUACCUGGAAGAGGAGGAGGAAGGGGAAGGGGAGAGGGACUUGCAUGGCAGCCGAGGGAGUGAGGAACAGCAAUUGGCCGAUCAAGACAAGGAGAAGGCAUCAGAAGUAGAUCCCUCAGCACUACCUGCUAGUCAGACACCCCGAGACUCGGCAAGGGUAUAGGCAAGGAAAGGUCAAAACGGCAGACGGCAUGGCUAACACCAGCGCCAUUGUAUAAUCCCCAAGGCAGCUAUCCAGACUGCCAAGUGUACAAAGAAAUAUUGUAUGUCACGCUUGUAAUAUGAUAGA